UGAAAUCGUUUUCAGAAAUUGCUUAAUGUUACGAUCGAGUACACGCAUGUUACUAAAACGGAUGUAGAAACUUCACCAGAGAUGGAAUUUUCUGUACCACUAGAUGCCAAAUGGGAAUUCCCGCGGGAAAAAUUGGUCUUGGGAAGAUUGCUAGGUGAGGGAGAAUUCGGAAGCGUUGUCCUAGGUGAAGCUAUGGGCAUCAAAGAUGAGAAUAUCACCACCACUGUGGCUGUUAAAAUGUUGAAAGAAUCUCAUACCGACGCAGAUAUGAUUGCUUUAGUAUCAGAAAUGGAAAUCAUGAAACUAAUUGGAAUGCACCCCAAUAUUUUACGUUUGCUCGGAUGCUGUACCCAAAAAGGUCCUUUGCUGAUCAUCACAGAAUAUGCAGUUCACGGAAACCUACAAAGCUUUCUUCGCAAACAACUUCCUUCUGAAAAGUUUAAAACAGCUUCAAGCGAGCUAUCUCAAAGAACUUUGGUUACUUUUGGCCUUCAGGUGGCUCAAGGGAUGGAAUACUUAUCUUCUAUGAAAUGUGUACAUCGUGAUCUUGCUGCACGAAAUAUUUUAGUAUCAAAUAACUUGGUUUUGAAGAUAGCUGAUUUUGGAUUAGCCAGAGAUAUUAGGAAUAAAGAUUAUUACAGGAAAAAAACAGGAGGCAGGCUCCCAGUAAAAUGGAUGGCGCCAGAAGCACUGCAUCAUAAUCUGUAUACAACUCAGUCUGAUGUAUGGUCGUUUGGUGUAUUGCUGUGGGAAAUUGUGACUUUGGGUAGCUUACCUUACCCCACAUUCAUCAAAAUGGAGGAAUUGGUACAAGCUCUAGAUGAUGGGUAUCGCAUGAAGAAGCCGCCGAAUUGCUCUAUGAAGAUGUACGGCAUUAUGCGUGAAUGUUGGAAUUACUUACCGGAAGACCGACCCACGUUUUCAAUGAUUGUGGAAAAUUUGGAAGAAAUAUUAUCCAGUGCUGAUGAUGAAAUUUUAGAAGAACCUGUUUCAUGUGAGCCAACAUUGAGUAAUACUGACACCAUUGAAAUUGUCAUUGAAGCUACAGAAACAGACUAAUUUAUUAUGAUACUUUUCCAUGUUUUAAUUUAAAACAAUAAUGGUUG